CUUAUUACCACUGCAGUCGAAUUAGUGAACACGACUGACGAGGAAUGCAUAUUCAUUUAAAAAUGUUAAUGGAAAAGCGGCCGCUGCUGUCUUGUUAUUCGGGCGAGCGGCUCGCUUCGUAUCAAUCCGCACUGGGGUCUUUUUUUGUACCUGGCUAGCUUAGCUGGGUUAGCUUGUUUUUCUGGCACCGAUUCCCUUUUGCUAAAUAUGGCGCUUUGCAUUUUGGCUUGCACCAUACCAGCACGAGAAACACUUUAAAGUUAACAGUUAGCCAGCUUGCUAACGUUAGCUGUAGCUCGACCAACACGGUUUAACCUCAGAUCGGGUCCAGGAGCUAACGCGAGUGUAGCGUUAGCAUUACGAGCUAGCUAAAUACUGUGUGAAAUCAUGGCUAAUUCCAGACGAGCGUCUUUGUCCGCGAGUUAUACUAAUAUUAUCCCAGUUAGAGGAUAGUUAGCUGAUCCAAGCACCAAGGCUUCUUUAAACUUUUACGUCCUUUUGCCGCCACAAAUGUUACGAGGGGCUAACACGGGGCUAAAAGCUAAUUUCAUCGUGGUUGGCCACCUGUCCCUGUGCUCUAUAAUGCCCCAGUGUUUGCAGCAUCUGCAGUGAACGUGAUGGCAGCCCAGUCGGUUUCCAUAGACAAGUACCCAAAGGGAGAGCAGCAGAUGCAAGGUGUGGCGACGGUAGACAGCGAUUCGGAGCAGAAGUUUAUCGAGGGGACGUUGGCAGAGGCGCCCAGCCCGGCGCCCACAGAGCCGCAGACACCCAUGGACGUGGACAAAGCCUCCAUAUAUCGACAUCCCCUGUUCCCCCUCCUGGCCCUGCUGUUUGAGAAGUGUGAGCAGUCGACGCUGAGCUCCGACUGCAUCACCUCGGCCAGCUUCGACGUGGACAUCGAGAACUUUGUCCGCAGUCAGGAGAAGGAGGGAAAACCCUUCUUCAGCGAGGACCCUGAGCUCGACAACUUGAUGGUGAAAGCCAUCCAGGUGCUGCGGAUCCACCUGCUGGAGCUGGAGAAGGUGAGCGACCUGUGUAAGGACUUCUGCAGCCGCUACAUCGCCUGCCUCAAGACCAAGAUGAACAGCGAGACUCUGCUGAGUGGAGACCCGGGAAGCCCGUACUCCCCCGUAACGGGUCAGGUCCAGGGCUUCUCACCCACCAAGACUCAGACCACCAGCUCUAUCUCGGGGACCAUCAGUCCCCAGGGUCAAAUUGUGGUGCCUGCGUCAGCCCUGCAGCAAGGGAACGUUACCGUGACAGCCGUCAACCCCACCCAGGUGGUCGCAGGUAUGUCACCUUGGCAUACGACCGCUCCCUCAGGUGGCACGGUGUACCAGCCUGUUACAGUCGUCACUCCUCAGGGCCAGGUGGUAACACAGGCUCUGUCUCCCGGGACAAUACGCGUCCAAAACAAUCAGCUCCAGCUGCAGUUUCACCAGGACCUGAACCUCUUUAAUCACGACGACAACUCAACCAAGAACAAACGUGGCGUCCUCCCCAAACACGCCACCAAUGUCAUGCGCUCGUGGCUCUUCCAGCACAUCGGGCACCCGUAUCCCACAGAGGACGAGAAGAAACAGAUCGCCACUCAGACGAACCUGACGCUCCUGCAGGUCAACAACUGGUUUAUUAAUGCACGGAGGCGGAUCCUGCAGCCCAUGUUGGAUGCCAGCUCCUCCGAGACACCAAAAGCCAAGAAGAAGACGCCUCAGAACCGGCCACUGCAGCGCUUCUGGCCCGACUCCAUCGCUGCAGGGGGAGGAACUCACCAGCAAGUCACCAUGCCAGACGGUACCAUGGUGACCAUGAACGUGGAGGGUCUGCAGAGCCUGACGUCAGACGGCGCCACGCUGGCGGUGCAGCAGGUGAUGCUGGGAGGCCACAGCGAAGACGAGUCGGGGGACAGCGUGGACGAGGACGACGACGACAUGGCCGGGCUGGGCCUGGACAACAGCGACUCAUUGCAGUAGACGACACACUCCCUCACACUCUGAUCUACACACACAAAACACAACACACACACGACAAGUCCUAGCACACACACACACACACACACACACACACACAUUAGGUUUACAUAGAGCACAAAGCUACAGGAUGUGACGGUCCUGCACUCUUCCAACCCUCCACCCUGCUGAACGGCGGUUUAUGCUGCGUGUGUGUACAUCAGGAGUUUCAUUUCAGAAACCGUUUUAUAAUUAUUUAGUUGACGUAUGCGAGUGCACUUUUUUGUAUAUUUAAGCUCAAAAAGAUUAAAUCAAACAAACGGAAGAAAAAAAGAAGUGUUAAAACACCCGAAGCAAGUUUGUAAGCUCCGUUACUAAAUGUUGACUGAUUCUUUUUAUUUCGUCCCGUCCCCGGCUGAACUCUCAUUUUGGAUGCCAACACUUUAAAGUUGUAUCUGUAAGAGUUUGUCUUCACUUUUUGCAUGCUUGUGUUUUGAGUAGAUGUGCGCACUCUUACGACCGACUCCACGGCUCGUCGCAGAGCCCGAGUGGAGAGAAUGAAAAAAAAAAAAAGAGGAGAGAUGCUUAUUUUUAUAUACAAACAUAUGAAAGUAGUGUUUUUGUUUCAUUUUUGUGUUCUCCUGUUUUGUAAGGAAUAUUUAUGUACAGAUUCAUAAUUAAAGCUAGUGACCCUGUUUUCCAGGGUUCUUUGAAGUUUUCUAAAAAACAGAAAAAGAAAUUGAAUGCUGAAGAAAAUUGCUAUUUAAAUUGGUUUUAAACUUACGAUACUAACAAGGCCUUACGUGUUUUUCUUUUCUAAAGAAUUCUUGCCAAGAAGCACAAAAACAAAGUGUGACCCUCGGUGAAAUUGGUCAAAAAGACACUAAAGUGCAGAACGCUUGUGCAGUUCUGCGAAGCAUCGUUAAUAAUUUUACUUCAUCCGUGAGAGAUCUCUCGCUGCAGCGCUCCGAUUUUUUAAGUACAGCCUCAUUGUGUAUACCAUCCAUCUUUUAAUCAUUUUACAGUAGUAGCGUAGGCGUCACUUUCUCAAAUGCACAAUCCAGAACACUAUGCUGAUCACACAAUCACAAAGGGUCCGACUGUGAGACCCCUGGAGCGGCAGCAUCCACAGUGACACGAACUCCAACAUCAUCAUCGUCAUCAUCAUCAUCAUCAUCAUCAAAACGAAGAAGAAGCAGCAGUGGACUUUUUGCACGCAUUAAACUUUUAUUUAUGUACACGCGACGGCGCUGAAACAAAGAGGAAGUUGGACUCCUUGUUGUUGCCGAAGCGCUGCGGCCUCUGUCGGUCCCCCCGCCACUACAAACUGAUGUAGUGAAAGAUUUGACAGCUCGUUAUCAAUAUGUUGAUAUUACUGCACAAAUUUGGGGUGCCUCUCGUUUGAGUAUCUGUAAUAUUGUACUGUACAACAGUUGUCUGUCAAUAGUUGCAGUAAUCUGGUUUCUAUCCCUCUUGUAAAGACUUGAAAUGCAGCCUGAAGAGGAGGGGGUGUAGUGACGGUGAGCUCUCGGGCCCUCACGUGCGUCUGUCUUGCUUUUUAUGAAGCGUUCUUCACUUUUCUCUCGUCUGUUUUGCCUUAGAGCUUUCUAUUUUGGAAUAAACGAUGCCUAACUCUC